CACCACUUAACAAAUACUCCUUUAACAGCUGUUAAAUGUAAACAAACACAACAAAACCACCGAAAUGGAAGAGGAAUCUAAAGAAAUUUUAAAAAUAACACAAGAAAUUGUACAAAUUAAACCAAAAACUAAAUAUUUAAGUCCCUCAGAGCUAACAUCUUUAAGAAAUCAAGAAAUUUCCACCAGCACUGCCGGCUUAAAAAGAACGAAAGUUGAGAACACUCCGGAGGAACAUAAUGAAUUGGAAAAGUUGUAUGAUAAUUUGGAAAUGCAGUUGUCUAGACCCCGCAUAGAGCGUUUGGCUGGCCGUGCUGUAGGUGUUUGGGAUUCUGCUAAACAAUUGGUGCGUGUGGAACGCAAAGAUGGCAAAUUUGGUAAUUUUGGUUUUAGUAUAGACGGAGAGCUGUAUUUGGAGUAUUAUGAGGCCAUGUUUUUAUUGGAAGUAAAUCGCCUACAACUGAAAUACAACUCUCGUAUAAUGUCCAUCGAACAAGCCUAUUUACUGCUAAUGGGCGAACAGCACUCCCCCAAAUAUCACGAAUAUCUGGUGUACUCCAAUCUUACCAGAAUUGGUUACAUUUUAGUGAAACAUCAAAACAAACACUUUCAAACGCAACAAAUUAACAAUGAAGCCGAUUGUGUUUGGGCCGUUUUAGAGGCAGAACUGCAGAAUGAUACGGUAGCAGAUUAUAUAAAGAAAACACCAUAUUAUAACAAAGUUAAACAAAAUUUUGAGGCGGUAAAAAAUAAAAUUAAAAAUCAAACUGAAGAGGAUGUAGAAAAGAAAGAAAAUAAUAAGAUAGCAAAUAUUACAACUACAGAUAUGAAUUUUGGUGUAAAAAUUAAACCUAAUUUAAAAAGAAAAGCUGAUGCAGAGGAAUGCCAAAAUGAGUGGUUAACAGCUAAAAGGCAUUGUAAUUAUGCUCUUAAAGUGUUUCAACGUAGUUUGGUGGAUUUCUUAAAAGAGGAAGAUGAGUAUAAGCAGUUUAAGGAAAUCUUUGAAAAAUUCGAUUUGGUGCCUUUGAAAUUGAGCGAAAAGAGGGAAUUAGAAGAGGAAGAUAAAGAAGAUGAAGAAGUUUUAGCUACAGAACAAGAAAUAGAGGAGUUGAAGGCAAAAUAUCCCAUUAAUUUCGAUGUUUAUUUACACAAUGAAGGUUUCCGCAAAAGCUCACCCCACUUACCCAACUUUCGUGUGAUUAUAUUGCAAACUGAGCAAAAGUUUCCCUCACAUGAUGAAAUAUUUCUUACCCAUCGACAACAAUUAAAUCCAGUGCCUUUAUUAAUCGUAUCCGUUAAUGAUUCCAAACAAAUGCAGGCAUUUUUAUAUUAUUUUAGUUAAGAUUUUCUUAUAAAAUCUUUAACAAAUUCCCUAAAUAUUUAUGUUUAAUAAUGGCAUUUAAAUCUAAUAUUUUAACGCUUCAUUUAUUAAUUUUAUUAAUUCCAUUUAUUUCUUUAAUUGUUGAUGUUCAAUGUUCAUUCAUUGUUGUUCAUAUUUUAAUGUGUAAUUAAUAUCUUUAUUUUUGUCUAAACUUUUAAUACAAGCAAUAAAAUUAGCGAGUUCUUUCUCAGGUAGUACUUUUUUAUAAUAAUUUUCUUGGUUCAUUAAUUUUGUUAAAUUUAUUUAAAUAUUUUUUUCAACCUGCUGCGCGUAUACGCAAUUUAUUUGUGUUUAUUUUUUAGUUUUAAAGAAAUAUGUAUUUGUUUUUUUCCUUAAUCUCAGUACACUAGGUGUUAAGGAAUGGUUUCGGAACUUGUAAUCAAAAAUAGAAAUUUGGAAAAACACCUUAUUUUGAAAAUCAAUUCAAAAUCGAUUGAAAAGCAUUUAUAAGCUAUUUAAAAUUCAGAACUUUAUUUGUAAUUGUUUCUAAAAAUAUGGCUUAUCUUAAGAAGUAUUUGCACUGGCCAAUUUCUAAGGGGUCUUUAUAAUUCUACCUCAUCUUGACUAUAAGUUUUUUCUAUCAAAUAAUUGAAAUUUAAAAAAGAUACAUUUUCCCUUGUAUAAUUUUCACGACGUAUAAAUUUAUAUUGUUAAAUGAAAAUUAAAUAUAAACAAUUGUGUCGUUGUUAUUGUUUUAAACGCUAAAACAACAAUUUUUUUGGUUAAUAAAAUGUUUAUGUUUAUUAUUUUGUAUUUUUAGUUUAUUAAAGAAAAAUGUUUAAAGAAAAUAACAUUCAGCAAUAAGUCAAAGAAAAUAAACUUAAUUAAACAAGUAAAUUAAACAGUUUUUUGCAAUUAUUUUAAAUAAAUAAAAAACAAGGGAAAUUUAACAAAUAUAAUUUUAAGUUAACAAAAAUGAUCGAAUUUUUACUAAAAUAUUAAUGUUAUUAAAAAUAAUUUAAAAUUUCUAUUCAAAAGAAAGGUUUAUAUAAAUUUAGUGAAAUUUCAAAUAUUUAAGUAAAAUGUAAUAAUCACUGUCUCAUCUCUAUUAAAAGAGAGAGAGAAAGAAAU